CGCCUCUGCCAGAAUGUCCCCGCGGCUGUCGGGUGCGAAGGCAGGUUGCCUCCUUCUCUCGCAGGUGUGCGCCGGUAGUGAGCAAGCCGGUCUCUCGUUACAUAAGAGGAAAGGGAGGCGCGGCCGGUGGUACAGUCUUGCUGGAGGAAGGCCGCGGUGGCCCCGAGCUGAAGGCAUCCACCCCGGAGGAGGCGGGGUCCGAUUAGGUGACUGAAGAGUGGUCAGAAGGGCAGCCGUGUGCAUGGGCGCUCUAGUCUGCCGGAGAAUGGGAGGAAAGGGCACCCUGAGGCGAUAGCGGCUGCCUCCCACCGCUGACUCCGAAGAGCCAGCUGGCUGGUAGGCGGGCUAGCGGCAGUAACAAGUGAACUCGCGGCUCCAAGGUGGAGAAAGAAGGCGGCGGCGAUGGCCGGAGAAGGCAGCAAUGCCGGGUGGAUGGGCUCCUUGCCGCCCGCCCUCCGCUCUCUGCCACUUUCCAAUCUGGCGAUCCCGGGAUCACAUGACUCCUUCAGCUACUGGGUUGAUGACAAAUCCCCUGUGGGGCCAGAUCAAGCAACUGCCAUCAUACGGUUGGCUAAAAUCCCUUUAGUGAAGAAGAUAAUGAAGAAAUGGUCAGUAACACAAAACCUGACGUUCAAGGAGCAACUUGAAGGUGGAAUUCGCUACUUUGACCUUCGAGUAUCUUCAAAACCGGGUGAAGCUGGACAGGAGAUCUAUUUUAUACAUGGCUUGUUUGGAAUCAAAGUGUGCGAUGGGCUGAUGGAGAUGAACACCUUCCUAACACAUCACCCCACAGAAGUGAUCUUCUUAGAUUUCAACCAUUUUUAUGCUAUGGGUAACAGCCAUCAUGAAUACCUGAUCAGCAGGAUCCAAGAAGUAUUUGGGUCAAAACUUUGCACGAAGGAGUGUGUAGAAAAUGUGACCUUGAACUACCUCUGGGAAAAGAAACAGCAGGUUCUUAUUUUCUACCAUCAUCCACUCUACGAAGAAUACCUCUAUCUGUGGCCAGGGAAUAAAAUGCCAGCACCGUGGGCAAACACAACCAAUGUACAUAAACUGUUACAGUUCUUAGAUACUACCCUCGGUGAGCGAGCAAAACAAGGAACUUUUCAUGUUUCACAAGCCAUUCUCACUCCAAGGGUCAAAACUAUUGCACGGCAUCUCAUCCGGGGCCUGAAAAACACGCUUGUUCAGAGGAAUCUCCCUCUGAUACUUGAAUGGGUGAAGUUACAGAAACCAGGCAUCAUGGGCGUUAACAUCAUUACAUCAGACUUUGUGGAGCUGGUUGACUUUGCAGAUUCUGUAAUUGCAUUAAACGAACUCCUGUUAGAAGACGGAAAGAAAUGAGAAUAAAUUCUGACUUUUUUUUUUUAUUUCCCUUCUGUCAUUCUCAGAACUUAUUUUUACCUCCAGGUAAAAUGGGCCAGUAAUAUAAAUAACUUUUUUUGAAGCUCUCCCACCAAGUUGCUGUUUUGCAAAAGAUCAAGGAAAUAGUCACAAACCUGCACACACUAAUGGGCUGCACAGUUCUAAACAGCAUACAGUGGGAUUUUCUUUGUUGCUUCUCUGUUUGCAUUGACUAAACUACAGGAUGUGCUGAAGGCCAGCCAAUUUGGAGUCUGGAUUCUUGUACAUGUGUAAAUAAUUAGCAGAGGCCUCUCUCUGGAAUUGUGGAUCCUGCAUAUUGUGAAGCCUAGGGCUCCAGUUCUAAAGAUAAUUAUUGAUCUCUAAGCACAGUUUUACUAGGCUGACUACAUCUGUCGGGCCUGUGCACUGCACUCUUCCAAUGAACUGUAUUAUGCUACCUCAGUCACUCUUUAAAAAAAACAACAACUGAAAGCCUAAUAUUCAGUAUGACCUCUUGUGUAUAUUUUUUUAGAAUUGUGAAAUUACGUUUUUAAAGCCUCCCAAAACUUUUUUUACUUGAACUCAAAUUGUAAUUUUUAAUGGGAGGUGAUAGGUUCAAAAAGAUGGCUAUUUUAAAUACAGAAGUAUAUUGUCUGUUUAGAUUGUGUUAAAUAUUGAAGAAAUUAUGCAGAGUACUGAGAA